AAUCUUACACAACUAACAGUGGUGAGCUAGAAGAGAAAUAACAGCAUACAAAAGGAUGUCUGUCUUUAAGAAAUCCUGUGACGAGAUUACGGUGACCCAGCUUUAUUCAUCUAAAGUUGUGCUGAAGAACACAGCGGAGGCUGUUCUUGUUCCAUUAAAAGGUGGCAUCUCCACCCUGAAUGAAGUCUACAAGGCCCUGAUUAAGGCAGAUGUAGAUCCUGUUACUGAGCAAUGCUCCAACUACGACUACAUCAGACAGCAGAUAGUGCAGGCUCAACAGCUUCUGGAGCAGUCAGAACAGACGGCCAGUUCAGGGUUAAAGAGUUUGGAUGAAAGCUUAGAGAGACUUACACAAGAUGAGGGAAAACUCAAAUGUGAGAUGAAUGACACAAAAAAAAAAUUAAAAAACUUGAGAAAAGAACAGAAAUUAAAUAAAAAAAUUCUCAAAGAAUCUCAGGGAGCUUUGGAGCUGGCCAGGACAAACCUGAGUUCAACAGAACAGACACUUCAGGAUCAGGAAAACAGGAGAUACAAUGCUCAAAUUGUCACAGGUGUUGGGGCAGGGCUGUUACUUAUACCAGUUGUUGGAUGGAUAGCAGGUUCUGCCAUGCUGAUUGGUGGUGGAAUUGAAAUACACCAAGCAGGAAAUGCUAUCAUAGAGGCUGAAGAGGAAGUGAAAAAGUCUGAUGCUGAAGUGAAUAAAUAUGAAUGUAAAGUGUCUGACUACGAGUCCAAGAUUUCCCAGACCAGGCGUGACAUCAGUGAGAAAGAUGACAAGCUGAAGCAGAAGCAUGAAGAAAUCCAGAAGGUGAAGAAGCAGAUCAAGUCUGUAGCUGAUUUCCAGAAGAAAGUGAGAAGUGCCGUCCACCUCCUGGGUGUUCUGAGCGGGAGGGCCAGUGUGACUGAACAUCAGACUCGUAGAUUCAUCCUCCAGGAGCCUGUGAUGAAGGUGAUGGAGGAUGUGGUGAAGGCCACAGAGCAAAUCACAGGGAAUAAGGUCCUCUACAACAAUGGCAUGCCAAAGCUUCUCAAACAGCUGAAGAAGAACAGCAAACGUUUGGCAGCCAUCUGUGCCUCGGAGGACAACUCUCAAAUGAACACCACUAAAUGCUGGUUCUGUUUUUAAACAGACAUUGACCGAAUGAUGGAUAUUCUGUGGAUUCUUCAAUCAAUAUAAGCUUGUGCUACUUUGCAAAACUGCAUGUCAGAUGUUUGUACAAAUAAAGUGUUAAAAAACAAUUGUUCUUUGUUGUUGUAAAUAGGUUUAAACUGAUAGUACACAGUGUCUGUAAGACUAAAUUAUAGCAGGCUUACUUUACUUUUGUUUAUGCUGAAAGAGUAACUUUCAGGAGCAUUAAAACCACUCAGUAUUAUCACAAAAUAAAUACAAUAAAAGGACAUUGCAGUAAAGUUUGUUAAAUGUACACUGUUUGUUUUUUAUUUACAUUUAAACUUAUUAUUAUAUUCAAACCAUUGUUAAAAUAAUAUUGAUGUUAAAAUGAUUUUGGUCAGACUGAUGUGGAAGUCUUUUAAAAUAUGAAAUCAAAAUGAAUCCAUAUAAAACUUG